UUUUUAUUUUUUUAUUUAUGUAUUUUUUCAGUCAGUGAAAGUAACGCUGGUCUCCUCUGUCACCUGUUCCUGUUUGCAGAUCGAGCUGACAUGUCAGGCAGCAGGAUGAUGAGAGCCAUCAGAGUCAGUGAGUUUGGAGCUCCGUCUGUUCUCAGGCUGUGCUCCGAUGUCCCUGUCCCUCAGCCGGGACUCAGACAGGUACUGAUCCGUGUCCGUGCCUGUGGAGUGAACCCCGUGGAAACGUAUAUCCGAUCCGGAUCUUACGCCCGGCAGUCCACUCUGCCGUACACACCAGGCUCAGAUGUAGCCGGUGUGGUGGAUGCUGUCGGAGAGGGAGUCACUGCAGUAAAGGCGGGGGAUCGCGUCUUCACCACCGCCGCUCAGUCCGGAGGUUACGCGGAGUAUGCUGUAGCAGCGGACGACUGUGUCCACAAGCUGCCUGAUGCGCUAGACUUCACACAGGGAGCAGCCAUAGGCGUUCCUUACUUCACUGCCUACAGAGCCCUGGUUCACAAAGCUCACGCCAAAGCUGGAGAGACGGUCCUCAUCCAUGGAGCCAGUGGAGGGGUGGGUGUGGCAGCGUGCCAGCUGUCCCGCGCUCUGGGCCUCAGGGUGCUGGGGACGGCGGGGACACCAGAAGGGAUGAAGUUGGCCCUCUGCAACGGAGCGCACUGUGCUUUUAAUCAUCGAGAGAAGGGAUACACAGACAGAAUCAUGGAGGCCACAGACGGUCGAGGCGUGGAUGUGAUAGUGGAGAUGCUUUCCAACGUCAACCUCGGCAAAGACCUCCAGCUGCUGGCGCACGGAGGACGAGUCACGGUUGUCGGUUCAAGAGGCUCUAUAGAGAUCAACCCCAGAGACACCAUGGCCAAAGAGAGCAGCAUCAUAGGAGUGACCCUUUUCUCCUCCACACCGGAGGAGAAGAGGGAGUGUGCAGCGCUGCUGUUUGCGGGGAUGGAGGCCGGCUGGCUGCGGCCGGUCGUCGGCCCCCAGUACCCCCUGGAGAAGGCUGCCCAGGCUCACCAUGACAUCAUCGAGAGUCCCGGGGCAUCUGGGAAAAUUGUCCUGACUAUGUAAUAUGUUGAACAUUGAGUAGGCUAAGGGGUCGAUAUUGGAUUUUAUUUAGUUAAUUAGGAUUAUAUCGGCACGCAACUAGUGACAAUACAGCUACAUCAGACUAAUAAAAA